UCUGAAGCUCAGUGGGCUCGCCAUGCUCUCGCUGAGGGGCGUUCUGCGCUCUCCCGCACCCUAACGGCAGCAGCUCCCGCUCUCGCGGCCUCGCGCGCCAUGUAUCAGGGUUUAGCCAUGAGCGCGAGCCACCACCACGCCGCUACGUCCUACGAGGCGAGUUUCCUGCCCUCAGCCGCGCCCGCCGCCACGUCGCCGGUGUACGUGCCGAGCCCGCGCGUGCCCGCCAUGCUCCCGGCGCUGCCCUACCUGCAGGCGCACGGGGCUCCCCAGCAUAGCGCCUCCUCCGCGCACUCAGCCUGGGCGCAGGAGCCCGUGCCUUCUUCCUCCUCCACAUCCUCCUCCUACAGCACCGGCGGCUCGGUCAACUCGGCGCACGCGCCGCCCGUCUCCCCGCGCUUCGCCUUCUCCACCAGCCCAGCGCUCGGCUCCGGGGUGGGUGGCGCGCGCGAGAGUCCGGCUGGCAUCCCAGGGAGCGGUGCGCGCGGCCUCGGGGCCUCCUACCACCCGAGUGCCUAUCCCGCGUACGUGAGUCCCGGCAUGGGGGGCACGUGGGCCGCGUCCCACUUCGACAGCUCCGUGCUUCACGGCCUACAGUCCGGAGGCCAGAGCGCCGUCGCCAGACACCCGAACCUGGAGCUGUUUGAUGAUUUUGCAGAGGGUCGUGAGUGUGUAAACUGUGGGGCCAUGUCCACUCCCCUAUGGCGGCGAGACGGGACUGGCCAUUACCUGUGUAAUGCUUGUGGUCUUUAUCACAAGAUGAACGGCAUCAACAGGCCACUGAUCAAACCACAGAGACGACUGUCUGCUUCCAGGAGAGUGGGUUUAUCAUGCACUAAUUGUCACACUACUACCACCACUCUGUGGAGACGAAACGCAGAGGGAGAGCCUGUCUGUAACGCCUGCGGACUCUACAUGAAACUGCACGGGGUUCCUCGCCCUCUUGCUAUGAAGAAAGAAGGGAUUCAGACUCGCAAGCGCAAACCCAAAAACCUCAACAAGUCCAAGCCUGGGACCCCUGGGACUGAAGGCCACACCCCCUCUGGUGCAGCCAGCACCAGUGGCACUACAGCAGAGCCCUGUCCCAUCAAGACUGAGCCAGAGACACCUACUCUCUAUUCCCAUCAUAACAUACGUACUCAGGUCUCUGCUAUUCCAGCAUGGGGAAGCCAGCAUGGGGCAUCAUCCCUGAAACUCUCCCCAGGAGGCCAUGCAGGAACACCCACUUCUAAAAGUGAGCCCUGGAACAGCCUGAUUCUUGCUUAGGCAUCAACUUGACAUCCUAUGGUCAGAUGCUGCACUUUCCGUGAGGACCAGCACAAGGCCUGAGACAUGUCAGACAUGGAGAGCAAAGAGAAACUGUCUGGCAACCAAUCCUCAAAACGACCAAAGACCGCAAAGCUAAAACCAAGCAAACACAACCAUGGGACAGUGGGAGAUACUGUAAAAUGGAUUUCUGAGUUUAUUCUAAGAGAAGCAAGAGAACAGAAAAACUUUUUUUUCAAGGAUUCAAAUCAGUGUCACUAAACAAGCAACAGAACUGAUGAAUGUACUAGAGUGAAAAAUAAAGAAAAUGGCCUGUCAAGGCUAAAGAACCUUGGGAACACACAAUGAAGAUGACCGACACCAGAGACCAAAGACAACAGGAACACAAAAUAUCUUGCAAAAUCUCACAGACUGAUGGAUUUACUCCACUGUAAAGUGCCUUUAAUAUUUAUCAAGAGACAAAUAGACAAGCUAUGUAAGUUUUUACUCUGUUAGCUUUCUAGCAUUUGCCACCAUUUAAACAAUGUUAUACUCUCAACAAAUAUGGCAAAGUGAUAACUUUGCAGGCUGGUAAUGAUUUUUAUUAGUGGCCUCUGACUUCCCUGAUGUUCUACUAAUGAUAACAACUUGGGUGAUUAUGUCUAGCUUUGGUUACUUCACACAAAAAUACACUCCCUGUCCAAGGGUCACCCCUGCCAGGAAUAUGUUGCACAUUAAGAAGAAUCUGGCCUGUCUAGUAAGAGAAAAGCCUCUUAAAGAGGACAUUCAAACACAGGCAAAGCACUCCUUAUAUGGACAAAAGAAGCCCACUCCUAACUGUCUGAAAUAACAGUUUGCCUAAUGACAUAAGGAUGUAUUCUCUUACUGUCACAAACAUAUCCAUGUCGAUAAACAUUAUAUUAGUCCAUACUGUUCCAGCAAAAAACUGUAACUGUGACUGUAACUUCUUUAAUAUAUAGUACUUAAUACACAAAACCAGGCAAGAGGCCCAUCAUGUUCCCAGUCUGAAUUUAAAAAUUACCCACAAAAGCAGUUAAGACCACUACAACUAAAAGAAAACUAUGAGAACUCUAAAGAGGUCCAACAUUCGCAUAGUCCUUUUAACAUUCACAUGAAAUAUCAUGAAUUUUGUAGUUGUCAUUCACGAGUAAACUUACAUAAAAUCAGUCUUGUCAGAAUGAAAUCAAAAUCAAGCCACUUCAAUAAUGAAAACCAAAGAAGAUCUUUAUCACUAAUCUUGAAAGCAAUGUUUAUAAUUAUGCACAAGAAAUUUGUCCCUUUCAAUUGACUGCAUUUAUUGAUUUCUUUUUUUUUCCUCUUAAUUUUGAGGAGAACAUUUACUCUUAAUAUUUAUUGACUUAAUACAGAGUCAAGUCAUUACUUUCUUGUGGCACAGGGUCCUAACUGUGGGUGAAGUCGGUGUAAAGUAGGAUCCCCAUUAUACUUUAAACAGUGUUAGCUUUUUUCUCAUUUGUUUAUGAGGAAAAACAUUCUGCUUGUGUAAUUUUCCAACAGUAUAUGAAUGUGUAUAAAAUAUAUGUAGGCUAUGUAUAGACACCUAACUCCAUUAUAGUGCUUUACUGUGUCGUAGAAAGACACCAUGUGGAUGGAUAAAAAGACCAUGGGGGCUUAAACAUAGGCUACAUUUUUAGUGAACAAGUAAACCAAUAAAGAACCAUGUGACCACACUAAGUGUGAAGGACUAGCAUGAGCUGUGACAGUGACGAUCACAAGCAUUGAAGUAUUUGUGCAGUAAUUGAUUAUUCAAAAACUUUUUAACUAUUUUUCUUUGUUAUUUUGCCUUUGUCAGAAUUGAUGGAAAUACAAAAUAAAUAUUCAUUAAACCCUACAGUGUCAUUAA